AUGUGGGAAAGCAUUUUCCAGAAACAAAGUCUUAAAGUUCAUAUGAGAUUACAUACUGGAGAAAAAGCUCAUUCAUUUGCAAAAGAAUGUGGGAAAGCCAUUUAUUUGCAAGAAUGUGGGAAAGCAUUUUCCCAUGAACUAAGUCUUAAAGUUCAUAUGAGAUUACAUACUGGAGAAAAGCCAUUCAUUUGCAAGGAAUGUGGGAAAGCAUUUUCCCACAAACCACAUCUUACAAUUCAUAUGAGAACCCACACUGGAGAGAAGCCAUUCUUGUGCAAAGAAUGUGGGAAAGCAUUUCCCAGGAAAGAUCAUCUUACAAUUCAUAAGAGAAUCCACACUGGAGAGAAUCCAUUCAUAUGCAACGAAUGUGGAAAAGCAUUUUCCCAGAAACAAAGUCUUAAACUUCAUAUAAGAUUACAUACUGGAGAAAAGCCAUUCAUUUGCAAGGAAUGUGAUAAAGCAUUUUCCCAGAAACAAAGUCUUAAAGUUCAUAUGAGAUUACAUACUGGAGAAAAGCCAUUCAUUUGCAAGGAAUGUGGGAAAGCAUUUUCCCAUGAACUAAGUCUUAAAGUUCAUAUGAGAUUACAUACUGGAGAAAAGCCAUUCAUUUGCAAGGAAUGUGGGAAAGCAUUUUCCCAGAAACCACAUCUUACAAUGCAUAUGAGAACCCACACUGGAGAGAAGCCAUUCGUGUGCAAGGAAUGUGGGAGAGCAUUUCCCAGGAAAGAUAGUCUUACAAUUCAUAUGAGAAUCCACACUGGAGAGAAUCCAUUCAUUUGCAAGGAAUGUGGGAAAGCAUUUUCCCAGAAACAAAGUCUUAAACUUCAUAUGAGAUUACAUACUGGAGAAAAGCCAUUCAUUUGCAAGGAAUGUUGA